UGCCAAGUCCGACUUUUGGUGAAAGUUCUGAAAACAGGCUUGAGAGUCUUUCUGGAGUACCGAAACUCAUUCAUUCCCACCGAGCAGGCCAAGAAUGUUGCGAGCACCGUAGACAAGGUCCUCUCGGACAUCCUCACAAAACCUGACCUCUCUGUGGGCCACGUCAGCUACCUGAGCGACCGGAACCGACGCCAGAUUGAGAAGUGGAAUUCAGAUCCACUCCCGAACGUUCAGAAAACGGUCCAUGACAUUAUCUAUGAAAAUGUCAAAAGGCUGCCAGAGGCGGAGGCAGUGUGCUCCUGGGAUGGUAAUUUCACCUACCAAGAGCUUGACCACUACGCCUGCAUUCUCGCAUCGCAUCUCAUCAGCAACGGGAUUGGCCCUGAAAUCAUUGUGCCCCUCUGUUUCGACAAGUCAAAGUGGAACAUGGUCGCAGUGCUCGCAACGCUGUAUGCUGGCGGCGCAUUCAUCCCUUUGGACCCUGCAUAUCCGCGGGAGCGUGUACAGCACCUGGUCAGCUCCACAAAUGCCAAGAUAGUACUUUGCUCCCGUCCACACGUAGAGCUGCUUCAAGGCACUGCUGCUAAAGUCGUCCCUGUGGAUCUCGAGACAAUAGAGUCUCUCCCCAUCCCCGAAGAGCGUCCAGCGUCCAAGGCCGAGAGCCAUAACGCCGCCUAUAUCAUCCCUACCUCAGGGACAACGGGACAACCGAAACUCACUCUAAUCCAGCAUGGAAAUUUCUGCACUAAUGCAACCGGUCAUGUCCGCCGCCUCCUUCUGGAUGCCGUCAAGCCCAUUCGGGUUCUUCAGUUUGCAGCACACUCCUUCGAUGCCUCUAUUAUCGAGAUUCUCACGCCUCUUAUGAUUGGAGGAACAGUGUGUAUCCCUGACGAACAUACGCGGUUGAAUGACGCUGCAAAAGUCAUUAAUGAGAUGAGAGUGACAUGGGCUCAAUUGACACCUACAUUCGUCCGGUUCUUGGAGCCUUCCAUGGUUCCGACGAUGGCGACUAUAAUCCUUAUGGGCGAGCCUAUGACUCAGGCAAAUCUGGACACCUGGUCGAAAAUCAAUCUGAUCAACGGGUAUGGUCCUAGCGAAUGCGCAGUGGCCUCCGUUAUAAGCCCUCCUUUGUCGCCUACAUCUGACCCCAAGAACAUCGGAUAUCCCGUCAGUUGCCAUGCAUGGGUUGUGAAUCCUGAUAACUACAACGAGCGCGUCCCAGUGGGAUGCGUUGGCGAAUUGCUAGUUGAAGGCCACAUUGUUGGUCGAGGUUAUCUGAAUGACGAGCAGAAAACCGCCCAGGCCUUUAUUCAUAGCGUCGACUGGGCUACUGAUCGGGACUUUCGCGGUUAUUUGACAGGUGAUCUCGUGUGUCAGAAUCCAGACGGGAGUUUCAAUAUAAUUGGACGAAAGGACAGCCAAGUUGUAAGUACCCCGUUGUUGUUGCAAGGAGAGGUCUAA